AUCCUGGCAGCUCUCGCCGUCUCGCUCGGGCCGUUCGCGGCUGGCCUCAGCAAGGGCUACAUGUCCCCUGCUAUAGCCUCCAUGCAGGACCCCAAGGGUCAUAAUGGAACCUUCACAGUCAGUGACCAGCAAGCCAGUUGGAUCGCGAGUCUUAGUUUAUUAGGAGCGUUUGUCGGUGGUAUCCUGGGUGGGUUGGCGAUGCGUCUUGGCAGAAGAACAGUUUUGAUUGCGACAGCUCUCCCCUACACCUUGGCGUGGCUGGCCACAGCCCUGUCUACUGGAGUCCAUAUGAUAUCAGCCGCAUCAUUCUGCGGUGGAAUGCUGAUAUGUUGCAUCAAUAUGACGACACAAGUAUACGUCACAGAAAUUGCAGUUCCAGAAAUUCGGGGCUGCUUAAGCUCAGUUCUAAAGAUCCUCAGUCAAAUCGGAAUCCUAAUUUCCUUCUCUAUUGGCGCCUAUUUGAACUGGUACCAGCUAGCACUAAUGGUUGCCGCUGCACCAAUACUACUAUUCUUCGCGCUCUUCUUCAUACCAGAAACUCCCUCUUCUCUUCUUCUAAGAGGGAGGGAGCAAGAAGCAGAAGAGUCCUUACAAUGGCUCCGAGGACCAGAAGCUGAUAUUCGUCAAGAACUUGCGACUAUAAGGACUAAUAUCCUCGCUAGUAAGCUCUUCAAUGGAGGCAACGCAGGAAAGUUUAAAGCCUUGCUAUCAAAACGGAUGACAAGACCAGUCCUUAUCACUUGUGGACUAAUGUUUUUCCAAAGGUUUACUGGAGCGAAUUUAUUCAACUUCUAUGCUGUGAAAAUGUUUAAGAAGACGUUCAGGUCAAUGAAUCCUCACGGUGGUGCUAUAGCUACUAGUGUAGCUCAGCUUCUGGCUUCGUGUUUAUCAGGAAUGCUUAUCGACAAUGUUGGAAGACUGCCGUUACUAAUGAUUAGCGGAGUAAUGAUGUCGAUAGCACUAGCUGGGUUCGGUUCCUACGCAUACUACGAAGAGGUCUUCAGAAACGCUUCAGACUUAAUGCAUUCGGAACCAGGAUCUUACGACUGGAUACCUCUUCUCUGUGUCCUAACGUUUACAAUCGCGUUUUCGUUAGGCAUCAGUCCAAUUUCCUCCCUGCUUAUCGGAGAACUGUUUCCUCUCGAGUACAGGAGUACCGGUAGCGCGUUAGCUACAAGUUUCAGUCACCUCUGUGGCUUCGUGAACGUCAAAACGGCUGCGGAUUUCCAAGAUUACAUAGGUCUCUACGGACUGUUCUGGAUGUACGCGGGCAUAUCAGUUCUUUGCCUAUUAUUUGUGGUACUUUUCGUACCAGAAACGAAAGGUCGCGAGAUCGAUGAAAUGGAUCCGAAGUACGUCGAAUCCUUGUGUAUUAAUCGAUAGUCUUUGAAGUAUUAUUCGAGAAGAAUUGUUCUUUAGACGAAGGUCAGACGAAAUCGUGGAUUCGAUUUUGUGAAUACAGAGACUCUGCUUGGCUAGUCACAAAGA